UUGGUCCAGACUGUGUAGCUGAGUAUCGAGUUCUUGUAUACGUGGUGACACGAAUUACGGCUGCAAAACAUCCAUGUUUUUCUUAUGACUUAAAUCCGUUACAGUAGCACUGUCACAAAGCUGCAGUCAUGCUGGAUUUUGCUAUUUUUGCUGUGACGUUUGUCAUAAUUUUAGUGGGAGCUGUUCUCUAUUUGUAUCCGUCCUCUAGAACGGCCUCUGGAAUCCCAGGCCUUAACCCCACAGAUGAGAAGGAUGGGAAUCUGCAGGACAUUGUGAGCAAAGGGAGUCUACAUGAGUUCCUAAUGAAUCUACAUCAGGAGUUUGGAUCUGUGGCAUCCUUUUGGUUUGGCGGUCGUCCAGUGGUCAGUCUGGGCUGUGUGGAGCAGCUAAAGCAGCACAUCAACCCCAACCACACCACUGACUCAUUUGAGACGAUGCUCAAGUCACUGCUCGGGUACCAAUCAGGGAUGGGAGGAGGAGCCAGUGAAACAGUACUUAGAAAAAAAGUGUAUGAGACUGCCGUCAACAAUACGAUGAAGAACAACUUUCCUUUUGUGGUUAAGCUAGUGGAGGAGCUAGUCAGGAAGUGGAAGUCCUUGCCAGAGGCACAACACAUCCCACUGUGUGCCCACCAGCUGGGCCUGGCCAUGAAGACCGUCACACAGCUCGCUUUGGGAGAACGCUUCAAAGAUGACUCGGUGGUCAUCUCCUUCCACAAGAACCACGAUGCUAUCUGGUCAGAAAUUGGAAAAGGUUUCUUGGAUGGUUCUCUGGAGAAGAGUUCCAGUAGGAAAAGACACUAUGAGAAGGCACUUUCUGAGAUGGAGGCCUUACUGCUGUCAGUGGUGAAGGAAAGAAAACCUCAGAAAAAACGCAUGGCAUUUGUUGAUGCGCUCCUUGAGUCCCGUCUCACUGAGCGACAGAUCAUGGAGGACUGCAUGGUUUUCACACUGGCUGGAUGUGUCAUCACUGCCAACUUGUGUAUUUGGGCUCUUCACUUCCUGUCCACCUCAGAGGAAGUUCAGGAGAAGUUAUAUAAGGAACUGGAGGAAGUGUUAGGUUCAGACCCAGUUUCUUUGGAUAAGAUCCCUCAGCUCAGAUACUGUCAGCAGGUCCUUAAUGAAACGGUGAGAACUGCGAAACUGACUCCAGUCGCUGCUCGGCUUCAGGAAGUGGAGGGAAAAGUUGAUCAACAUGUCAUUCCUAAAGAGACUUUGGUGAUUUACGCUUUGGGAGUAGUUUUGCAAGAUUCCAGCACCUGGAGCACCCCAUACAGGUUUGAUCCGGAUCGAUUUGAAGAGGAAUCGGUCAAAAAGAGCUUCUGUCUCCUAGGAUUUUCUGGGAAUCAAACGUGUCCUGAACUUAGGUUUGCCUACAUGGUAGCUACUGUGCUGCUCAGCACAUUAGUGCGGGAGCUGAAGCUUCACAAGCUGAAAGGACAGGUCAUGGAGGUCAAAUCGGAACUGGUCUGUACACCUAAAGAAGAGAACUGGAUUACUGUCAGUAAAAGGAGCUAAAGUCAGCCCUGAAAACACAAAAGCUAUCAAAUCCAGUUACCAGCAAAGUAUUUGUUCAAUUUGAGGAAUUCAGACUGUUAGAAACUCUGUUUACCAAGUAUAAAUGUUAUACUUGGUUGAUAACCAGUAACUCAAACCACUCUAGAUUUGUUUUCUAUUUUUUUUUAAUUUUCCAAUUUUGUUCACAGGUCACAAUGAAAAGUUAAACCUUUUAGUUUUUACUACUCCACCACCAUGACACUGGACUAUUUCCUACGACUGCCCUAAAACAGAAAUUUCAUUUUUGUUUUACUAAAACAAGCAACUUGACAUUGUGACUUGUCUAUAUUUUUUGUAAAUUCAUAUAAGAUUAAAUGUGAAUUUAAGCGUU